UUGGCGACUAAGUCAAUUCAUCUUGAAUUAGUGGGUGAUUUAACUAGCAAUACCUUCAUAUUAGCUUUGCGCAGAUUUAUGUCUAGAAGAGGGAAACCUCUUAAUAUUUAUUCGGAUAAUGGUACCUCCUUUGUAGGCGCAUACAAUGACAUUUCAAAAUUUAUUGGGACGUGUUGUAAUUCUUUAUCUGAGGUAAUGGCAAAUGAAGGAAUUAAUUUCCAUUUCAUACCGCCUUAUUCUCCCCAUUUUGCUGGGCUUGCGGAGGCUGGUGUCAAAUGCAUUAAAUAUCAUUUAGUUAGAGUGCUGGGCAAUUGUAAUGUGACUUACGAGGAACUAAAUACCACAUUAAUACAAAUUGAGGCUAUACUUAACUCCAGACCACUCACACCUUUGUCAACGAAUCCUGAAGACUUGCUACCACUAACGCCCGGUCAUUUUUUGAUUGGACGCCCCUUGACUUCCUUGCCGACACCAGACUAUAAAGAUCAUUCCGUAAGCUCUUUAACCCGAUUUCAACGAAUAGAACAAUUACGUCAACAUUUUUGGGCUAGAUGGAGCAAGGAAUAUAUAUCAGAGCUUCAACUGCGGAUGAAAUGGCGUUCCUGUAAAGGCUCUUUGAAGUUAAAUUCACUGGUACUCCUAAAAGAGGAGAAUUCACCGCCAUUAAAGUGGAAGAUGGGUCGCAUCGUCGCAGUCCAUCCAGGCUCGGACGGCGUAUCAAGGGUGGCGGAUAUCAAAACAUCGACUGGUAUAGUUCGCCGAUCAUUUAGCAAAAUUUGUCCGCUUCCUGAACCUGAAGAAUCUGGUUGA